AUGGGUGCUUUCAUCAGUCGAAUUUGGCACAUCUUCAUCAGUCCUGCUGCACCGGUCCCAAAGAGUGAGAAUGCUUUAAAAUUCGGAAUUUUAGGGGCUGCAAGGAUCGUUCCCAUGGGUUUAAUCGUCCCCGCCAAAUCCCAUCCAGAAGUCAUCGUCCAAGCAAUCGCUGCUCGUGACCGCACCAGAGCCGAAGCAUUUGCAAAGAAACAUGGUAUUCCCGAGGUCAAAGACUCUUACGAAGAAAUCAUAAACGACCCCACAAUCAACUGCAUCUACAUCCCCCUCCCCAACGCCUUCCACUACCCUUGGGCCCUCCGCGCCCUCGCAGCAGGGAAACACGUCCUCCUCGAAAAACCCUCCGUCUCCAACGCCGCCGAAGCCGUAACCCUCUUCUCCCAUUCCUCGCUCUCCCUCCCUAACGCCCCUGUCAUCCUCGAGGGUUUCCACUUCCAAUUCUUCCCCUCCUGGCAGCUCUUCCGCUCGCUCAUCCCCUCAACUGAAAUCGCAUAUGUGAGUUCGGAAUCGCAGUUACCGGCUUGGAUGAUCAAAGAUGAUGAUAUCUCGCUGAAUUAUAAGUUAGCUGGCGGCGCGAUGAUGAAUUUAGGUGUUUAUCACUUCGCGGCGUUGCGGUUACUUUUCGGAUCUGAGCCUGAGGAGUGUGUGAGUUGCAAAUCCGAUUCGUUCACUGAGGGCCCACAGAAGGGAUGCGACUUUCGAAGCCAUGCAACAUUCAAAUUCCCAGGUGGUGGGAUCGGAGAAGCGAAGUGUGAUUUAAAGGGCGGGAAGAUGUAUAAAGUCGAUUUCACUACCGUUCGGCUGCAUGAUAAAGUCAUUCCUACCCCUUCGCUCCCAGCAUCACAAGAGCAGAUCAAAUCUCGCACCCUCACGCUUUGGGGCAUGAUGCACGGGAUCCUCUGGCAUCGAAUUGACAUCAUCGACACGUUCACCAUCCGCGACAGCACUACCAAAGCGGUGGUAAAAACUUGGAAAGAGAAGAGCACACGCAAGGCUUAUACGUUCGAUGAAGCCGGUGGGGAGUUUACUGGGCUGAAGGGAGGGAAGGAUUGGAUGUCUUUCCGGUACCAGCUUGAGGAGUUUGUGAAUCGGGUUAAGGGACGGGAGACGCAGUAUUGGAUUGAGGGGGAGGAAUCGGUGAGGACGAUGAAGAUGGUUGAUUUGGCGUAUGAGAAGAAUGGGUUGGGCGCUAGGGUUGGGAUGGGAGAGGUGGGUGGGGUGAAGGGUCAGUGA